CACAGUCGUCGCCUAUCCGCGGAUCGAGCGGCUCGCAGUCGGCCAGUUGAGGCGCGAGGAAGCCAGCAGCGGAAAACAAAGAAGGUGCCAAGCCCGAUCGAGGACCGAUCUCGUCGCAGAAGUCGUCCCAAGGACCCCGUGCUCUCUCGUCCCCGUGUUUCCUUGCCUAUCGCGUGUGCAGCCCGUGACCCGCACGCGAUCCGCGAUCCGAUCCACGUCGUGUCCGGGAUUCAAUCAGGAGUUCACAUCCGCGUGUCGUCCCAGCAAGGAUACACACAUCAAGCGUCAUCCAGAUUCCAACCCGAGCCGAUCUAACCCGCGCGAUUCCUCCGCUCAAUCGCCGGCAUAACAACACCCUUCUCCUCCUGCUUCGUCGUCAUCGUUAUCGUGCAACUUCGUCCGACACCGUCCUGUGAUCGUCGCGAGCCCCGUCGUGAUCCCGUCGUGUCGUGUCCGCGUUCAAAGGAAAAAAGAAAAAAAAAGAAAAGAAACUCUUCCCACCGGGUCCACGUAGACCUCGAGUCUACGACGAGGUCAGUACUCGGGGAAUCGGGUACGCGAUCCGCGCGCACGCGCACCAAAUCGUCAUUCUCUCGUCGAGCCUGAUACACGUGACCGAGCCGCGUACUCGGUGGAAGCCGGCAUCAUAGCGUCGAGAAACGAGCAGCCAGCCACCAUGUCGAAGCUCUACGUGGGCAAUCUGCCCUCAGAUUGCAACGAGAGUGCUCUCAGGCAGCUCUUCCAGGAGCACAGCCUGGCGUGCACCACGAUCCUGGUGAAGCGCGGCGGAUACGCCUUCGUCGACUGCGCCGAUCAGUCCACGGCCGAUCGGGCGAUCGACAAGCUGAACGGAUAUACCUAUCUCGGAUCCUCGCUCGUUGUAGAGCCGUCUGUCGCCAGCGCAGCAAAGAAACGCAGUGGCUUCACAUACGUCGCCGAUAACGAAGCGCCAAGAGUCGCGAUAGCAUCAUCAAUCCGAUAUCAUAAAGUAGUCGGCACUUUCGACUGUCAUAAAUUGCGAAUUUUCAUAAUUCGCGUUGCAGAUCGUUUGCUUGACAGGCCAAUAUAGUAACGGUAAUCAAACGAAUGCGCAUAAUCUAUCACGAAAUAUCUCGUAUAUGUAAUAACAUAAGCUGAAUCAUUAUUAAUGAUAAGUGAUAUAAUAAAUCUUUCAUAAUAUAUAAAUUUGCAUUAUCAUACUAAAUUCACAUUUUAAGAUCUCUUUGAUAUAAGGCUGUAGCGAUAAAUAUCUAAAAUGGACAUUAUUCUAAGCGCUAUAUAACAUGAUGUUCUUAAUUGUUAGGGCAAUAUCUUCCAUUUGUAUCGUUACUCAUUUGUAUCGAUAUUCUUAAAUAUUAAAACAAGAUAUCGAAGCAAUCGAAUAUGAAUGAAUAUUCUUCUUCUAUUUAAACACUCUCUUCUUUUCCUAUCUGCUUAUAUAUCUGCUUAUAUAUGCAUAUGUAAUGAUGUAUAAUAUCAAGUUUCUCGACAAUUUUCGGCUGCAGUCACGUAGAAGCAACUCACUGCAAAAAAAAAAA